AGGCCAUAUGUUCAUAUAUACCUGAGCCAUCUCCCACAACUCCAGCUCAUCCCAAACACCAUCUAAUCUCACAAGAAAACCUCUCAUUCAUCAUACGUACAAAUCUCUCCUUCCCCGCACUACCCACAUUCACAAACUCAAUGGUGCUUCUCCCAAAACCCGCAGCAGUCCAACAUUUCUCCACCACCAGCAACCCAAUUCUAUUCCCCGAUGUCCCCUUGAUAGACCUCUCCAAACCUGACUGCAUAUCCCAGCUCGUGAAGGCCUGCGAGGACUUCGGAUUCUUCAAACUCAUCAACCACUCCGUCCCAACUCAAUUCAUCACCCAACUCGAAUCCGAAGCCCUCAAUUUCUUCUCUCUCCCCCUCUCCGCCAAGCAAACAGCAGGGCCGCCCGACCCGUUUGGCUACGGCAACAACAAGAUUGGCCCGAAUGGAGAUGUGGGCUGGGUCGAAUACCUGCUCCUCACCACCCACACCGAAUCCGAUUACCAGAAGUUCGCGUCCAUCUUCGGGGAAGCCGCGGAGAAAUUCCGCUGCGCUGUGAAUGAUUACCUCUCCGCCGUGAAGAAAAUGGCGUGCGAGAUUCUGGAAAUGCUGGCGGACGGGCUGAAGAUUCAACCCAGGAAUGCGUUCAGCAAGCUGCUGAUGGACGAGAAGAGCGACUCUGUUUUCAGGGUGAAUCACUACCCUCCGUUCGAGGAAUCGAGCGGCGGGAACCUGAUCGGGUUCGGAGCGCACACCGACCCGCAGAUAAUAUCAGUUCUGAGAUCCAACAACACGUCGGGGCUCCAAAUAUGGCUGAAAGAUGGGAAAUGGAUAUCCGUCCCGCCUGAUCAGAACUCUUUCUUCAUUAAUGUUGGUGACUCAUUGCAGGUUAUGACCAAUGGGAGGUUUAAGAGUGUGAGGCAUAGGGUUGUGGCCAACAGCAGCAAAUCAAGGCUUUCAAUGAUUUACUUUGGAGGACCACCACUGAGUGAGAAGAUAGCCCCAUGGCCUUCAUUGAUGAGGGGAGAAGACAGUUUGUACAAGGAGUUUACAUGGUUCGAGUACAAGAAAUCUGUUUACAACUCAAGGCUGGCUGAUAAUAGGUUGGGCCUCUUUGAGAAAAUUGCAGCUUCAUAAUCACCAGCUUCCCCUUUGAGUUCUGUCUCUCAUCUUGUUAGGGUGUUUUUUUUUUUUUUUAAAUCAAAUUAUAGGCUUCCUCUUUUGUGUUGUUCAUUGGAUUUUCGACAAAGUUUUAGUUCGAAAUUAGUUUGGCCGAACCCAAAUUAUCAAUAGAAACAAUAAAUUAUACUUGUCAUGUGAUUUGUGUACAAUU